AUGAUUCUAUCUCUCAAACCUCCUCCUCCACCCUUUGUUCUCCCUGAGUCUCAAGAUUUGACUCUGCUGGACUCUCCUCCCUUUCCUUAUCCCCUGCCUCCAUUCCCCAACCCCCAACACCCUCUNCUCAAACCUCCUCCUCCACCCUUUGUUCUCCCUGAGUCUCAAGAUUUGACUCUGCUGGACUCUCCUCCCUUUCCUUAUCCCCUGCCUCCAUUCCCCAACCCCCAACACCCUCUAAGUGAUUCCCCUGCUGCUGACUCAGCUUCUCCACCAUUGAAGGAGGUUAAGCCAGCCCAGCACCCUUCAGAUGACUUCCCUGAGGCACACAUAGCCCCUCCUCCCCUGGAGGAAGCUAACCUGGCUAAAGGAACUCGCCGGCAGGGAAUGAUUAAAAACCCUGAAGCCCCUGUGAUACUUCCCCUCCAUCCUCAUGGGCCAAUGAUAGAGGAUAGCCAUGGUGGAGAAAUGCAAAUCUACCAGUAUUGGCCUUUCUCCUCUUCAGAUUUAUAUAACUGGAAAAAUAACAAUCCCCCUUUUUCCGAGGACCCCACCCGGCUUACAAGUCUGAUCAAGUCAUUGAUGUUUUCACACCAACCUACUUGGGAUGACUGCCAACAACUCUUAGGCACUCUCUUCACGACAGAGGAAUGAGAGAGAAUCCUCCUGGAAGCAAGAAAAAAUAUCCUCGGACCAGAUGGGCCACCAACACAACUUCCCAACAUAAUCGAAGCUGACUUCCCCUUGAACCGGCCUAACUGGUACCCCAACACCUUUGAAGGUAGGGAGCAUCUGUCCACUUACUGCCGGGCUCUAAUAGCGGGUCUCCGAGCAGCCGCUAGACGGCCAACUAAUUUGACCAAGGUAAGAGAGAUUAUUCAAGGGCCUAAUGAAUCACAUUCUAUGUUUCUGGAGAGAAUUAUGGAGGCAUAUAGGAGAUAUACUCCUUUUGAUCCUCAGGCAGAGAAUCAAAAGGCAUCUGUCAUGAUGGCCUUUAUUGGGCAAGCUGCCCUGGAUAUUAAAAGAAAGUUACAAAGCUUAGAUGGAUUACAAGAUAUGACUUUGAGAGAUUUAGUCAGGGAAGCCGAAAAAAUAUACUAUAAGAGAGAAACUGAGAAAGAGAAGGAACAAAGGAGGGAGAAAGAAAGGGAGCAAAGGGAGAAAGAAAGGGAGCAAAAGGAGGAUGAAAGAAGCAAAAGACAGACUGAGGCAUUGACUAAGGUCCUGGUCACAAUAAAUAGGCCAGAAUUUAGGAGACAGGGAGACAGAAAGGGAAACCUGGGCCCACGCCAAAAGCCACAUCUGGCCUCAGAUCAAUGUGCCUACUGUAGAGAAAAACACUGGGUCAAAGAGUGCCCUAGAAAGAAACAGCCAUGCCAACCAGCCAUUCUAACUUUGGAGGAUGACUAGGAAAGUUGGGGCUCGGAUCCCCUCCCCGAGCUCAGGGUAACUUUUGAGGUGGAGGGGACUCCAGUAAACUUUGAUAGAGGGGCAGUAUACUCAGCCCUUAAGGCCCCAUUGGGCCCUCUAUCAACUAAAAGGUCUCUAGUUAAAGGGGCUAAUGGCAGUAAAUAUCGGGCUUAAACAACUAAGAGGACCAUGGACCUGGGAAAAGGAAAAGUCCAUCACUCCUUCCUAGUGAUCCCAGAAUGCCCAGCCCCAUUGAUGGGCAAAAAUCUGCUCACCAAACUCUGGGCCAAAAUAACUUUUAACCCUGAAGGCCCCCAAAUGGAAUUUCUAAAUCCUUCAGUAAAAACUCCUAUAGCCAUGGCUUUAACUAUAUCAGUAGAAGAUAAACAUCAACUCUUCACACCCCCCAAGACUGAUCAAACAGGCAAGCUAUCCCAGAAAUGGAUAACACAUUACCCAGAUGCCUGGGCAGAAACUACUAAAUUAGGCCUAGCCGUAAAACAACCUCCAAUAAUGGUGGAAUUAAAAACCUCAGCCUCCCCAAUUAAUAUUAAACAAUAUCCUCUGAGCAAAGAAGCUAAAGAUGGGAUAAGGCCCCAUAUUAAGAAAUAUCUGGCCUUAGGGGUCCUAAGGCCCUAUCAAUCGGCCUGGAACACUCCCCUGCUACCAGUAAAAAAGCCAGGAACCAGGGACUAUUGCCCCAUUCAAGACCUAAGAGAGAUCAACAACAGAGUGCAGGACAUUCACCCCACAGUACCUAAUCUGUACAAUCUGCUUAGCACCCUUAACCCCGAGCGAAAAUGGUAUACUAUCCUGGACUUAAAAGAUGCUUUCUUUUGCUUGCCUCUGCAUAAAGAUAGUCAAUUGCUGUUUACUUUCGAAUGGGUAAACCCAGAAACUGGAACAUCUGGUCAACUAACUUGGACCAGACUUCCACAGGGAUUCAAGAACUCCCCCACUCUUUUUGAUGAAGCCCUCCACAGAGAUCUCAAUAACUUCAGAACCAUGCACCCUGAAGUCACCCUACUCCUAUAUAUGGAUGACCUGCUACUGGCAGCAGACACCAAGGAAAACUGUGAGUCUGGGACCCAAGCACUACUAUCUGAGCUUGCUCAACUCGGGUAUAGAGCUUCUGUCAAAAAGGCCCAAAUUUGCCAGCAAGAAAUAAUCUUCCUGGGCUAUUCCCUUAGGGACGGUAAACGAUGGCUCACUGAACCCAGGAAACAAACUGUUGUGCAGAUACCACCCCCAUCUAAUAAGAGACAACUCAGAGAGUUUCUUAGGACUGCUGGCUUUUGCAGGUUAUGGAUAUCUGGGUUUACAACCUUAGCAAGCUUAUACCUGUAGUUAAAGGGAAAUGCCCAAUUCCAAUGGAACCCUGAACACCAACAAGCUUUUGAUAACAUCAAAAGGGCGCUGCUAUCUGCUCCGGCCUUAGCACUCCCAAAUGUAGAAAAACCCUUUACUCUCUACAUUGAGGAAAAGAAAGGAAUAGCACAUUGAGUGCUUACUCAAACUUUAGGACCUUGGAAAAGGCCUAUAGCCUACUUAUAUAAAAAGCUGGACCCAGUGGCUAGUGGAUGGCCCCAUUGCCUAAAAGCUAUAGCAGCGGCGGCCCUACUAAUCAAAGAUGCUGAUAAGUUAAUGCUGGGGAAGAAGCUAACCGUUAUAGCCCCCCAUGCCCUAGAGAGCAUCAUCCGCCAGCCACCAGACAGAUGGCUAUCAAACUCUAGAAUAACACACUAUCAGAGCCUAUUGCUUGACAAGGACAGAAUAAUAUUGGGACCCCCUGCCCCACUUAACCCGGCUACACUACUACCUGAACAAUCAUCAGAACCCAUCACUCAUGUCUGUCAACAUAUACUGGCAGAAGAAACCAGUAUACGACUGGAUUUAAAGGAUCAGCCACUGCCCCACCCUAAGGUCAUAUGGUUCACUGAUGGCAGCAGCUUUCUCCAGGACCGUAAAUGGUGGGCUGGGGCAACAAUAGUUAGCAGAACUAAAGUCAUCUGGUCCUCUAGCCUCCCAGAGGGAACAUCAGCUCAAAAGGCAGAGCUGAUCGCCCUCACGAAGGCAUUAGAGCUAGCAGCAGGCAAAAAGGCCACCAUAUACACAGAUAGCCGCUAUGCCUUUGCUACCGCUCAUAUACAUGGGGCUAUCUACCAGCAAAGGGGACUAUUAACCUCUGCAGGAAAAGAAAUAAAGAACAAAGAUGAGAUCCUCCGCCUCCUCUCAGCAAUACAAAGCCCUAAAGAACUAGCUAUAGUGCACUGUCCAGGACACCAGAAAGGAAACGAUCCCAUAGCGGUCGGAAACAGGAGGGCAGAUAAAGAAGCUAAAUUGGCAGACACUGACACUGAACUCCUUGACAACACUGAACCCAACUUGCAAUUUCAGAAAGCCCUACACUACGUUAAGAAUGUACAUCAACUCACUCACCUUGGUUCAAAGAAACUGCAGGCAUUCCUAAAAAUCAAGAUCAAGAGUUUUCCACUAACCAACUCAUAGCGAAAAAAAAUAGCUGAACGAGUAACAAAAGCCUGUUAGGUCUGUCAAUUGGUUAAUGCUUACCCCUCCAAGCUUCCUAUAGGAAGGCGCCUUCGAGGAACCAGACCAGGACAAUUCUGGGAAAUAGACUUUACUGAAAUUAAGCCAGCAAAGUAUGUACUUAAAUAUCUCCUAAUCUUUAUAGAUACAUUUUCAGGAUAGAUUGAAGCCUUCCCCGCAAAAAAAGAAACGGCGCAAAUGGUAGUCAAGAAGAUCCUGGAAGAUAUUUUUCCAAGAUACGGCCUGCCUAAGGUAAUAGGGUCUGAUAAUGGACCAGUGUUCAUGGCUCAGGUAAGUCAGGGGUUAACCAGGACCCUGGAGAUUAAUUGGAAGUUACAUUGCACUUAUAGACCCCAGAGCUCAGGACAGGUAGAAAGAAUGAAUAGAACCAUUAAAGAGACCUUGACGAAAUUAAGCUUGGAGACCAGCAUAAAAGAUUGGACUAUGCUCCUGCCUUAUGCACUGUUUCAUGCAAGAAAUACUCCCUCUGUUUCUUUGUGUAAUCUUACCCCCUAUGAAAUUCUCUAUGGUGCCCCUCCUCCAGUAAGGGACCUGACCUCAACUCUAAGACCUAACGAUUCCUUUCACACCCCCUUGUUUGACAGACUAAAAGCUCUUGAAAGAACCCAGCGAUACCUGUGGAAACAGCUGGCCACUGCCUACGAACCUAGGGACGAAGGGACUCCACACCAAUAUCAAAUAAGAGACUUCAUCUACGUAAGACGACAUCAGGUGUCAUCCCUAGAACCCCGCUGGAAAGGACCAUACCAGGUGCUACUUAUAACACCUACAAUGGUAAAGGUAGACGGAAUCACUUCCUGGAUCCAUGCCUCUCAUCUCAAGCCUGCUCCCUGUCCAGACUCUAGCUGAAAAUUGGAAAAGACUGAUAACCCUCUCAAAUUGUGUAUUUGCCAUGUGGAUAGGGCUAUAAAUUCUCCCGUUGACCAUCAAUAG